AUGAAAACGGACGACGAUCCGGGAGAAAGGCAGACCUUGAGGUUCGGAACCAACCCCGCCAGCGCUAAUGACACGUCGAGGCAGAAUCUGGCAAAGCUGUGGAUCUUCGAAGACGCCCCGAGAUCAAAGCCACGUGUAAAAAGAUACCUUAAUUUUAAUCCAAGGCCAGAGUCGCGAGAAGACAAGAAGAGCAAGAAAAGGAAAACCAAGCAAGAGAAAGCAAGCCCAGCAAGAGAAGUCAAGCUCUUCAAGAAAAGCAAACCUAGCGAGAAGGCAAUAAGAGCAAGAAAUGGAAAACCAAGCAAGAGAAAGCAAGCCCAGCAAGAGAAGUCAAGCUCUACAAGAAAAGCAAACCUAGCGAGAAGACAAGAAGAGCAAGAAAAGGAAAACCCAGCAAGAGAAAGCAAGCCCAGCAAGAGAAGGCAAGCCCAGCGAAAGAAGGAAAGCCCAGUUUGCCCGCGAGGUCUCCACCGCCGGUCCCGCGAACCCAACGCACGAAAAACGGGGAAUCCGCUGACCGAGAUCGUCUGCCUGGCCAGGGCUCGGCGCCGGGACACAGCUGGCCGGUACAUUGAAGGCCGUGAAUCUACCAAGAGACGAGUUUCUCGAGACGCAAGUAUGCUGGCCAAGGAGCCUCUUUUCACGUUAAGAGGAUUCAUUAACGAUCACUUUGAGGACCGUUGCGAUUCACUUAAGCGGACAGUUAAAGACUUAAAAGAGAGAGUGGCUUCCAGCCCAUUACACAAGCCCACCGGCGCGUCCCCGUGUUGCAAGCGACCGAGCAAGAACCGGCUGAGUCGCAGCCGUCGCUCGGCUGAAUAUCAACCGGCUCUCGACAGGGAUCCUCCUCCUCUCUCCGCCUCUUACCCUUUUCAAGCCCAGGACUGA